UUCCUGUCACUGUGUAUCCAGAACAGCGGGUUUGGUCAGAGUGUGUGUGUUGUUGCAGGAUGUGGUGAGUGAGUGCGAGAGGUGGUGCCGCUCACAGCUCGCGUGGUGACGAUAGGUACAGCGAGACGUGGCGCGCUCAGAGACGGGGCAGCAGCUGGAAGACUCGAGCGAGUUGAAGUUCGUUGUGAAGGGCGGAAAAUCACGGGCCGACGGCCGCUCCAUACAAGGCAAGGUCGGGUGGGGAGCAGUUUAGGGAGCAGCGCUGAUCCAAUCAUCUGCGCUCCUGGGAAGAGCCGGAACCGAGCGACGCGACUCGUUUUGUUUACUAUAAAUAUUUUUACAUGUUUGAGAUGUUUCUUUAGAAACUCUCUUGUUUGUUUAGUUGUUUAGUUUUUAGUUUUGUUGUUUGUUUUGGAUUGGUGUACUUUGGAGAUGAGUGCGUCAGCAAACGGAGUGGAACCCAAACCCGCACCAGCGGUCAGUCAGAACGGACCGGGUUCUGCUCCGACCCCCAAAGAUGUCGAAACACUCAAGCCGGUUGAACCGGACGAGGAGCCGCAGUCUUCGAUGACGGACGCCACGCAGAUGGGAAUUAAGUUCGCCAAGACAUUCCUGGUGAUUUUUCCCAUCUACGUGCUGGGAUAUCUGGAGUUCAGUUUCAGCUGGGUCCUCAUUGGCCUGGCCGUGCUGUUUUGGAUCAGGCGGAAUCAGGGGACCAGAUUCGCUCGGGUCAACCAGGCACUGGCGUUUCUGGAGCAUGAGGAGCGAGCGGUGCGUCAGACCGUCCGGAGCACAGAGCUGCCGCCGUGGGUUCAUUUUCCAGAUGUGGAGAGAGUGGAGUGGCUCAAUAAGACUGUGCAUCAGAUGUGGCCAUAUAUUUGUCAGUUUGUAGAUAAAAUCUUCAGAGAGACCAUUGAACCAGCUGUGCAGGGGGCCAAUGCGCACCUUAGUACUUUCACCUUCUCCAAAAUAGACAUGGGGGACAAGCCUCUCAGGGUGGAUGGAGUGAAAGUUUAUACAGAGAAUGUGGAUAAACGACAGAUUAUUAUGGACCUACAGAUCAGUUUUGUCGGAAACACUGAAAUUGACGUGGACAUUAAGAAAUACUACUGCCGUGCAGGAAUCAAGAGCAUACAGCUUAAUGGGGUGUUGAGGGUCGUCAUGGACCCGUUGCUAGGAGACAUGCCUCUGAUUGGCGCUCUGUCUGUGUUCUUCCUCCAGAAACCCUUUCUGGAUAUAAACUGGACGGGUCUUACAAAUAUGCUGGACAUUCCUGGAAUAAAUGGUCUGUGUGACAGUGUUAUUCAGGAUAUCAUAUACAGUUUUCUUGUGUUGCCAAACAAAAUCACUAUUCCCCUUGUAAGUGAUGCACAGAUUUCCAAACUCCGCUUCCCUAUGCCAAAGGGCGUUCUGCGGAUUCACUUUCUGGAAGCACAGGACCUGGUGGGAAAGGAUACGUUUCUGGGUGGUAUGAUAAAAGGAAAGUCGGACCCGUAUGGGGUCCUUCAACUCGGUAAUCAGCUCUUCAGAUCCAAAGUCAUCAAAGAGUCGGUAAACCCUAAAUGGAAUGAAGUAUAUGAGGCAUGUGUGUACGAUCACUCAGGACAGAAUUUGGAGAUAGAACUAUAUGAUGAGGACACGGAUAAGGAUGAUUUUCUGGGAAGUCUUACUCUCAACAUAGAUGAACUACAGAAGGAACAGAAAAUAGACGAGUGGUUUUCACUUGAUGAUAUCGCUAAAGGGAAGCUUCACCUGAAGAUUGAAUGGCUUUCUCUUCUCUCUACACCUGAUAAACUCGAUGAGGUUUUAAGCAGCGUUAAAGCAUAUAAAGGGCAGGCCAAUGAUGGACUGUCAUCAGCAGUACUGCUGGUGCUCCUGGACUCAGGCAAAAAUCUGCCACGCAAUCCUUUAGAAUUCAACAAUGCAGGUCUGAAGAAGGGUACGGUCAAUAAAGCAAAAAAGUCCGGUAAAAAGGUCAGCAGUGUGCCCAGUCCAUUCGUCCAGUUUACUGUGGGACACAAAUCCUUUGAGAGCAAGACACGAUAUAAAACCAACGAGCCGGUUUGGGAGGAGGCCUUCACAUUCCUGAUCCACAAUCCAAAGUGUCAAGAACUUGAAGUGGAGGUAAAGGAUGACAAGCACGAGUGUUCCCUAGGGACGUGUUCUCUUCCUCUGUCUAAGCUGCUGCAGGAGGAUCAGAUGACCAUCAGUCAGCGAUUCCUUCUCAAAAACUCAGGACCCGGUGCUACACUCAAGAUGAAGAUCGCACUUAGGAUUAUCUCUGUGGAUAAGUUGGCUGCAUCGGAUCAGCCGUCCUCAGUUCAGAUCCGCCGUCCCAGCUCCAGCAUGACCCCCAGCCCCUCCCCUCAUCGGCCCAAUGUUUCAGAGCCCGCCCCGGCAUCCAAAGCCCAGCAACCCAACCCUACAUCCAAGACCCAACCCACCCCAACACUCUCCCCACGGGUGGACUCCCAAAUGGACAUCAGGCCAUUGGAGGACUCGUCUAGCCGUCUGGUUAAAUCAGGGCGGAGUGCGUCUAACCUCGCCAUUUCUGGCUCUCUGCUAAACCUGAACCAGAAAGAGCCCACACCCAGCAUAGCAUCUGACAUCUCCAAUCCCAGCACCACCCAGGAGCUCCAGAGGACAAUGCAACAAUUACAGAAUGGCGCCUCACCAGGUUUCGCUCCAUUAGGGGAAAUUCAGUUAACCAUCAGGCAUAGUCCCCAAAGAAACAAACUAAUUGUCGUGGUGCACAGCUGCAGGAAUCUGAUCUCUUCUUCUGAAAGUGGAUCUGAUCCAUACGUCCGGUUGUAUUUGCUGCCUGAUAAACGACGCUCUGGACGCAGAAAAACAAACACGAUAAAGAAAACGGUGAACCCGGUCUACGAUCAAACGUAUGAAUUCAGCGUGUCACUCGUGGAGUUGCACAGAAGAGUUUUAGAUGUGGCUGUGAAGAAUGGAGGAGGAAUCCUGUCAAAACACAGAGGGCUGCUGGGAAAGGUGUUAGUUGACUUGACUUCUGAGGAUAUAUCAAAGAGCUCAACGCAAUGGUAUGAGCUCACAGUGGACGGACAGAGGCGAACAUCCCCUUAAUCAAAAGAACGCCCUUUUUCCGCCUACACAUAUAUAUAUAUAUAUAAAAAAAAAACUACAAAUCCCUACACAAGACUCCAAACCUCAACCAUAUUUAAGCCAUGUGUUAAG